UUCCAUCCGCCGCCGCAUCUCCGACUGAGAAUCUCCCGUCCCGCUUGCCGUUACACUUGCUUCGUUUGCCCGGUGGAGGAAAACCAUGGAAUCCUUGCGUCAUUUCACUGCGACCUCUAUCCUAAUUCAAUGCUCCCAGACACCUAUCUACUUCUUCUUUUGAAUCUACAACCAUUAUGGAUGACCUCAGUGGCCUGAAUUGGUCUGCCGGCUCAUCCAAUGGCCCUCAGAAACCUCCACCCAUGAGCUCCGGCUCCUAUUUUCCUAAUGUGAGGCCAGCUAACCCCUCUGGCCGCUCUACGCCCCUCUCCUCUUCGUCUACCCCGUCCAACGCGCCAACCAAGGCUGCGACUUCGGAUAAAGACAGCUUCGCAAACCUUGUCUCGUUCAAUUCGUCAAAUCCCAAUAAAAACGUCCCUCUUAUCGAGCAGCAGAGGAGACUUCAAGAAGAGAGGGCCAAGAAGGAGGCAGAGAAUCGGUCUCGGUAUGAGUCGCAGUACGGAGGACAGAACUCCCAGUUCUGGGACAGCUUCGAGAAGGGAGGGAGUGGCAAUUCAGGUGGAUUUGGAACCCUGCCAGCCCAGCAGAAACCGCAGUCUCCCGACGAAGAUGAUAUUCUUGCUGCCUUUGACGCCUCGGCCCCCGUGGACAAGUCCUCCCACUUCCCCGUUCCGAGCCCAUCUCCUUCGCCGCAGGUCGGAACAAACUCUCCACAGCUCGCUUCCAAUGGAACGGCCUCAGCGCCCACAGCUGCGGGUGGCAUGGACUUCCUGGAUGACGACGAUCCAUUCGGCCUGAACCAACUGAAGCCCAAGCAGCAGGCACCUGCAGCGCAGCCUGCUGCAAUGAACGACGACGACGACGAUUUUCUUGGCUUGCUGGGCAAGCCCGUGUCAGAACUUCCUCCAAAACCCCCGGCCAAAUCGCCAACUCCCCCGUCUGUGCGCGAUAGUCCUCCGCCCCCGCCUUCCAAGGGGUCGAGCGGGAUGGAUCGCGCCGUCGCAGAGCUUGUGGAUAUGGGUUUCCCGGCAGACAAAUCGGCCCAGGCUCUACGGAUGACCUCGACGGGUACCGAUAUACAGGCUGCUGUUGGAUUACUGCUCACCCAGGCGCAUGAGGAAUCUCGACAGAGGUCUAGGAAUCGACCCACGGCCGACGAUCUUCAUCCGGAGCAUUCGGGUCAGAGCAGAGACCAGAGUGCCCGAUCAGAUCGCAGCGCUCCGUCAUGGAUGCAGCAAGAACGUGCCCAUACUGGUCGAAGCCGCAGCAACAACCGCAGCCCCAUGUCCGCAGAUAAGGACCCGGCACAGGUCGCAUCGGUUUUCGGAAACAACUUGCUUAAGACUGCCAACUCCCUGUGGAAAUCGGGUAGUAAAAAGGUCCAGCAAGUUGUCAACGAAUUCAACACGGAGCAAGAUCCUAAUCAACCCAAGUGGCUGAGAGAUGCGUCUAUGCAUGAGGAACCAUUCCCUAAUAACCGCCGCCAGCCUCCUGGCGAGUCUUCUCGCCCGCAGCCUGCGGAAUUCACCAACGAAGCUUUGCUUCUGGAAUCCGGAGGCGAUCCGCGUGCAUCACGCAGACCUGAUAGGUCGCAUGAAGCGCGCCCUCCACCUCGGUCGGACAGCGCGAGCUUCCGCAACCAACCGUCCCCGCCUGUCGGGGACAGACGGGCGCAACAGCCGGCUUUCUUGCGAGAGCAGGCGAGAAGCGAGUCAAGAGACCCCCGAGCUCGCGUGUCCAAGACCGCUGUCGAGCAGCAGUCCGCACAGGCAUAUGUUUCCCCUGCUCGGAGGAAACGACCCGUCGCACCGUCACCUGCUCCGGAGCCCGCCGUGGACUUGUUUGAGUCUCCUGCUCCAUCGAGUAUCGAACGACCCAAGCCGUCGUCCUCGCCGGCGCAGCCUUCACGCUCGUCGACUCCGGCCAAAACCCUACCUUCACGACCGAAGGUUCUCCCCCCUCGGGCCGUUCCCCCCUUGUCACAAGAGGCGCUCUCAUCCACCCACCGUCAUAAAGACAAGGGUGCCGAAGCAUACAAAAAAGGUGACUACGGCUCUGCCCACGAGUCGUUCUCUAUGGCCCUCAACAUGCUGCCGGAAAAACACCCCCUCACCAUUAUUAUUCGCAGCAACCGGGCCAUGACCGCUCUGAAAAUCGGUGAGCCGAAGGUCGCCAUCGGUGAUGCCGACAAUAUCUUGGAGGUCAUUGGACCCUCUAAGGGAGAAGCGGAAAGCAUCGAGCUUGGCAACGGCGAACCCAACAAGCCCAUGAAGGAUUUCUUCGGCAAGGCUCUGAUGCGCAAAGCGGAGGCCCUCGAGCAACUGGAGCGCUGGGCCGAUGCGGCACAGUCGUGGCGACAGGCGGUCGAAAAUGGCUACGGCGGCAGCACCAGUAUCCAAGGUCGCAAUCGGUGCGAAAAGGCUGCGGGCAUCAGCAAACCGGCAGCGAAGCCUUCUGCACCGGCACGACGCCCUGCUCCGGCUCCCAAGAAACCGUCUGCGUUGGACGACCUGGGCGGAUCCGCGUCGUCUGGCAUGGACUCGGCGGCUGUCAGCCGUCUCCGGGCCGCCAACCAAGCCGCCGAACAAGCCGACGAAGAGAAAUUCGCUCUCACCGAGUCGGUCGACGCCCGUUUGGCUGCUUGGAAGGGUGGAAAGCAGGAUAACCUUCGAGCUCUAUUGGGCAGUCUUGAUACGGUGCUAUGGCCCGAAUCCGGAUGGAAGAAGAUCAACAUGUCCGAAUUGAUCAUGCCCAACAAGGUCAAGGUGCAAUAUAUGAAGGGGAUUGCUAAGGUGCACCCGGACAAGAUUCCUACCAACGCCACGACCGAACAGCGCAUGAUUUCCAGUGCCGUGUUUGGGACAUUGAACGAGGCCUGGGAUAAGUUCAAGAAAGAGAACAAUCUAUAGUCCCUCUUGUUCAUAUAUCUCUUUCUUUUCGCAUAGACUAUUCAUUUUCUUUCGAUAUAUGGCCGGGUUUAUAACUAGGUCGCCAGAUAUCCUGUGCAUGUAGGUAGAUUUACAUGGGUUCAUGAAUCAAUGCAGUUAUGAAUACACCCAACCAACAAAUACGUGUUCGUUUACAAUUCAACUUUUAGGAUUUGGGUUUUAAUCUGAGCGCUUGUACAGGCAGGAAGGUACAUACUAGAGAAAUAGCACGACUGAGAAGCUCUCAAGCUUUCAAAUGGGUCCAAAGACUUGAUAUCCCAGACAAGAGUCCUCAUUCUCGGUGUGAAG